AAUAAUCAAACAUAAAGGUAAAAUCUUCAAAAUAUAUACACCUUCAAAAUUUGAAUUAAAAUAGCACCUGAUUCAAACCUAGUGAAUUGAGCAAAUGUUUAAAGUUUAAAAUCAAACAAUAGUGCCAAACCCCUGAACUUUCGAUUUAAAACGUCUUAAGACGUUUCAAAUUUGAAUACACAUUUUACGAAACAAAUAAUUUCAAUAAAUUUUUCUACCGAAUUUCUUCUGUUCUUCAGCCGCAAAUUACUGAUCCGGAAAUCUUUCUAAACUGCAAAUUAUUUUGUGGAAUUUAUAAUAUAAUUCGUGUAUAUUUCGAUUUGAAUUGAAAAUGCAUAACAUUGACACAUUUCUCUCUAGAGAGGCCAUGCACUGAAUUAUUAAAACUUACUACUCAUGUGAUCAAUGCUAUCUAGGCGUACUAUCAAGUAAUUUUCGACUGAUAAAAAUGUCAAUAUAUAAUUAACAUUUAACAAGCGCAAUUUUACACCGCGGCUAUAGCCGAAGUAAAUCCAGUGAAUGAUGGAUAUUCAUUCGAAGGUGUGGCGGAGUUGACAAAGCAAGCAGUUGAAAUAAUUGAAUCCCAUGAAAUGAAAGAAGUCGAUAUUAUGGUGUUACCUGAAGGGUUAUUAAAUCGUCGAUACAACACGACGAUUCUCUUGCCAAACACAGAAAAAUCAUAUUGUGAUGAUCCAAAUAUCCAUUUUGUGCUGCGAAAUAUUUCGUGUGCUGCUCGAAAGGUUCGAAAAUACGUUGUAAUCAAUUUGAAUGUCAGAGUCAAUUGUUCACACGACGAUCAAUCGUUUUGUGCAUACCAAGAUGAUUCUACGAAUCUGUACAAUAUGGCCAUUGCAUUUGAUCGUAAUGGUGAUAUGGUUGCCAGGUAUCGAAAAUAUCAUUUGUUUGGUGAAACUGGUGUUCAGCAAACCGAAAAACCAGAUCGCAUUACAUUUAAAACCGAUUUUAAUGUAACAUUCGGUGUGUGCAUUUGUUUUGAUUUGUUUUUCGACGAACCGACGCUUGAUUUGGUUCAACAAGGCAUUAAACAUUUUGUUUAUCCAACAAAGUGGUACUCGGAAAUUCCGUAUUUGUCUGCCGUUCAAUAUCAACAGAGUUGGGCAUAUGCAAAUAAUGUAAACUUACUAGCCGCUAAUAUAAACUUGCCCGAUAUAAAAUGUUCUGGAAGUGGAAUUUUCAGCGGACGAUCGGGUGCUUUGCAAGUCGUUGUUAAUGAAACACCCACAACAAAAAUUCUUGUUGCAAAAGUUCCUGUUCAUUUACCAGCAGAUGAUGAAUACUCUGCGAACACCUUUGACAACGUCAUUUUUAAAGAAACUGCAAUGGAAUCUGGCGACAAGCAUUUUGGGAAUAACAGAUCUGCAGAACAAACAAUUGCAAUGAAUUUGGGUCAAGAAAAGUUAACCGAUUACACAGUGAAAUUUUUAGAUUUUACUGCGAGUCACUAUAAGGUUGGAAGUGUUUGUAAUGAAGCUAUUUGCUGCAAUUACACCAUCGAAGUCACUGACAAUGGUGAACAAAAAGGAAAAUCAUCAUAUUCAUACGCGAUAACAGUAUUCAGUGGACGUCGAAAACACGGUACAAUUGAGAAUUUACUUACUGGUCAAGAUAUUUGCGGUUUGGUUGCUUGCACCGACAGAAAUUCAAAGCAUUCCUGUGGCAUUCGUUUACCAACCGCACAAGUUCAAAAUCGAUACCAUUUCAAAAAAUUGCAUUUAAGAACUGUACUUUCUAUUACACACAUGAAAAUCAUGCCCAACACAUUGACACAGCAAUUACUACCACUCAAACCAAUGGAAUUUGAACACCAAAUAUUCAAAGUGGAAGGUGCCGAUAAGUAUGACGUGACCUUGAAUUUGAAUGGGCAACAGUCAGAUCUUCUUACUUUUGCUAUUUUCUCGAGGGAUUUUGAUAAAGAUAUAUACAAUCAAAUUACGCCAAACAGUGCAGCAUCACAAAAAGGCACAUUUAUAUUAAUAUUUUGCAUUGUAUUCAGCAUUAGUGGGAUUAUAUCUAUUGAAUAUAUUGAGAAGAGAGUAUGUUAUUCAGCGCUUAUGGUUGAGUAAUGUCUGAAUAAAAACAUACUC